CUGACUUUCUGUCUGACUGUCUGGCUGUCUGACUGGCUGUCUGACUGACUGAUUGGCUGUCUGACUGACUAACUGUCUGGCUGUCUAACUGUCUGGCAUCAGUCUGACGUCAGUCUGACUGGCUGUCUAACUGACUGUCUGACUGACUGUCUGAGUGGCUGUCUGACUGACUGGCUGUCUGACUGUAUGAGUGGCUGUCUGACUGGCUGUCUGACUGACUGAUUGGCUGUCUGACUGACUAACUGUCUGGCUGUCUAACUGUCUGGCAUCAGUCUGACGUCAGUCUGACUGGCUGUCUAACUGACUGUCUGACUGACUGUCUGAGUGGCUGUCUGGCUGACCGUCUGACUGACUGUCUGAGUGGCUCUCUGACUGACUGACUGGCUGUCUGACUGUCUGAGUGGCUGUCUGACUGACUGGACGUCUGGCUGACUGUCUGACUGGUUGCCUGGCUGUCUAACUGGCUAUCUGCCUGGCUAUCUGCCUGGCUGUCUGACUGUCUGAACCGGUCCUGGGCUGUCUGACUGUCGGGCGAGCUAACCUCAAAGAGGUUCUGGCCGGCUGAAGAAAGGGGGUUGGUCUGGCGUUGUCUCAAGAAGCCUGCAGAGGAAGAACGAGGUGGUUGGUGAUUGGUGGUAGUUGUUGGUGGUUGUUGCUAGUUGUUGGUUGUCGGUGGUGGUUGUUGGUUGUUGUUGGUUGUUGCUGCUGUUGCUGGUGGUUGCGUCUCGCCGGCUGGACCUGUGGCUGUUGAGGCCGCCCCACAGCAUGUGCAGCACGCGCCACGUGCUGGCCUGCAUGCUGGCCUGCGCCCUGCUCGAGGUGGGGUGUGGCCUCGCCAGCCUCGCCCUGGGGGCCGCCUCCGUGACCUGGGCGCUGCGGGGGGCCCAGCCGGUCCGCCUGGGGCACGGGGCCCCCCUGUGGAGCGGAGCUUGCUUCCUGCUCUGUGGCGUGUGCGGCGUCUUCUGCGCGAAGAGAAAGUCGGGGAGGCUGAUGAUUCUCUUCUCUGCUCUCUGCAUCUGCGGACUGAUCGCCGGCAUCCUGAGUUUCCGCUUCGUGUGGGUGCACGACCGCUCCGGGGGCACCUCCCCAAACCUCACCGCCACCGCUGUCGCGACGGCCCCAGCUGGGGCCGUCGCGGCGACGGCUGGCGAGGCAGCUGGUGCAACAGCUGGUGAGACAGCUGGCGCAACAGCUGGUGCAACAGCUGGAUGGAUAGCUGGGACAACAGCUGGUGAGGCAGCUGGCGCAACAGCUGAGACAACAGCUGGGGCAACAGCUGGCGCGACAGCUGGGGCAACAGCUGGGACAACAGCUGGCGCGACACUCGGAGCGUCGGCGACAGCCGCCGAAGCAGCCGCCUCCGGCCCGGUUGCGCAACCGCCGCGGCGGCCGAGACCGGAGGGGCGCGUGGCGGUGGCGUCGCUGAGCGUGGCGGGCGUCGGGGUGGCGGGCUGCGCCGCGUCCGCGUGGCUCACGUGCCGCCUGGCGCGCAACGAGCAGCGCCGCAUGUUCGUGGAGAUGGAGCACUCGCUGCACCACACGCACGAGCUCACCGAGAAGGAGCUGGCCGAGGUGCUGAACAACGGCAUCUCGCCGGUGUCCCAGGGCAGCAAAUCCUUCUGAGACUUCUGAGACGCCCGAGGCGCCGCCCUCGGCCCCACCCAUCCGGCACCACCUCCGGCACCACCUCCGGGCACCACCUCCGGCACCACCUCCGGGCACCGCCUCCGGCACCGCCUCCGGGCACCACCUCCGGCACCGCCUCCGGCACCAUCUCCGGCACCACCUCCGGCACCGCCUCCGGCACCACCUCUGGCACCACCUCCGGGCACCACCUCCGGCUCCACCUCCGGGCCCCACCUCCGGCCCCACCUCCAGGCACCACCUCAGGCCCCACCUCAGGCCCCACCUCCGGCCCCACCUCCGGGCACCACCUCCGGCCCCACCUCAGGCACCACCUCCGGCACCACCUCCGGGCACCACCUCCGGCUCCACCUCCGGGCCCCACCUCCGGCCCCACCUCCAGGCACCACCUCAGGCCCCACCUCCGGCUCCACCUCCGGGCACCGCCUCCUGGCCCACCUCCGGGCACCACCUCCGGGCACCGCCUCUGGGCGCCACCUCCAUCAAAAACGAUGAUGACGAUUGCUUCUCUUGUGGAUGGCUGUGGACGUCGAUGCGAGAGCCGCACGCUCUGCCCCAGAUGGAACACGCGGUGUGCGUCGUGGGUGUCGGAUGGCGUUAUGCCAGCUGCGCCUUGGUGUCUCUGGGUGCGUCUCUCACAUCUCCUCUGUGAGACGGCGUCUUCCAGCUGCUGCUGAACCCUCUGGCGCAGGUGGACCGCCAUGUGGACCGCCGGGUGGACCUGUCCAGCGCCAGGGGGUUCCAGGCUUGAGGGAUCGAUGUUACAGCGCUUCAGCAGGUCCUUGCUGUGGUCCUUGAAGCGUUUUUUCUGUCCUCCAGCGCAGCGUUUGGCUGCGCUGAGUUGCCCCCCCCCGCCCCCACCGUAGAGAACUCGACGGGGGGGGGGGGAGGCGGUAAUCGGGCACGCGGGUGACGUGGCCGAGCCAGCGGCGGUGUCGUUUAGCCACGCUCGCCUCAAUGCAGGAUGACUCGAUGUUGGUGAGGAUCUCAGUGCGCGUGGAACUCCGUACGUCCAGGUUGUAUUCUCUGAGUUCGUGGGCCGCGAGGGCUGUGCUUCUGUGCGGCCUGUCGGCUUUGUCGCUGGAGUCCAGGAGGGUGCGAACGCUCCGUGGAGCAGCUUGAAGGAGUUAACGAGUCUUGGGUUCCCCUUGAGUUUCGGCCGCUGAAUGGGAUGCUCCGGUGGUAGCGGCUCAACCGCCCCGAGCGAGUGGAACGGACAGUUUUUCGAGCACAUUUUCUAGGCCCUUCCCCGUCAGGGGUGAGCAGUGUUGGGGGUUAUCCACACUGCGCCAACCACGAUCGUUGGACUGGAUGAGGAACCUUUGCAUUAAUUUACGACGAUCAUUAAGAAGAAAUAAAAAAACCGUUGCUUUUCACAAUGCCAUACGUAAGAAGAAGAAGUGCAGGGUGGGGGUGGGUUGCUCUGACACGGUCGAAGCUGCCGAGGAGACACGACGCUGCCCCUAUCGCGUGUCUCGGCGACCUGCAACUCCAUCGCCUCCUACGGUGCAGAGUGUGGCUGGAUGCUCCCAGUCGCGUCCUUUGGCCUGCCGGAGCAAGGAGUGGAUUAAGGUGAGGGUCGGGGUGCGCAGUCCCUACGCCCACCAUCUUCACGAGGAACUCACCACGACCUUCUUCCGGCCAGAGCUGCAGGAGGACUGCCGGAGAUGCGAUUUGUUGAACACCGCCGUCGCGGGUCCCCACCACGGAUUCGGAGUCGUGGGUUUUCUCCCCGAGCCACAGUUUACCCACAAGGCAGUGGGGCAGUGGUUGGCGGUUGUCGAUGCCUCUGGGGACCACUGCAGCUCCGAGAUCCCCAGGCGGUUUUAGCACCGGUGUCGCGAUUCGCCGGUUGCCGUGGGCUGCCAACGGAGAGGCACAGUGGGAGUCCUGGUGAUGGAGAGGCUCUGGACUGGCAAGGAAGACUUUACGCACUCGGUUGCCUGUUUCACCAUGACGGCUAGCCAGCGGCAGCGUUUGACAGCAUGGGUAGCAGAACGUAGCAAGCAAGCGAGCCAUGCAAGCAGAGCAGCAGGCAAGCAAGCAAGCGGGCAUGCACCUAAGCUAAUCAUGAUUACUGCAGUAGGCGCAUCACAUCACCCUGGGGUUUGAGACAACCAUCAACCUGACUUGGAUUAUUGGCAUAAGGCACUACCACUAAAAUAGAACGUACGCCUAUCCAUAAUACUAUAUUAUUGUGCCCUAUAUUCCUAUAAUCAUGUGAACAGGUUUAUAAAUAUAUGAAGGACGAAAUUAGCUGAAAUGCUUGUGGCGUGCCGAAACAAUUCCAGGUACGGUGUUCCGGACCAUUCCAGCUGAAAGUAAAUCCUGGGUUCGGCGCGAUGUCCGACGUUUCGCUCCAUGUGCCGUUCAAGCGCAGACGGGAGGGCCGCGCUGUAUACCCGUGAAACUCUAAAGCAGUGCUUCUUCUUAACCUGGUGCUGCACGCUGCACCCCCUGGGGAUGCGAGAUGCCCUUUCUGGGGGCUGGCGAAACGUGGCCAGAUUUUCGAAAACACAAAUUAAGCACGGGCCACGUACGUUACAACUUACUUUGUUUCAUCAAACCCUACGUAGUUAUUAACAUUGUAAAAAUGUUUUUUUUUAUAACGAUUGAGAUUCAAAUGUGUGCAAGGCUGCAGUUAAGGUUAAGCACCGCCGCUCCACGCAGAACUUGAUAUUUUUACAAUAAACAAAAACAAUGUGAACUUAUCAAACUGGGUGGUCGGUAGCUGCGCACGUGGCCUACAACCCGACAUUGUGAUGCGGCGAGGGUUGGUCGAUCGCCGCAGCCAUGCCUCGCGGGCGUCAAAAGUGCCCUAACCAGGCUAGGCGGGGAAUGGUAGUGCAGCAAAUGUGGACUCUCACAUGUUCCGUCUGUACGGGGAUCGAGUGUUUCUCCCUUCGCACGCUUGGGGUUCUCUCCGGGCGCUCCUGUUUCCUCCGACGUGUAUAAGCGCUUAUCGAUUGGCCGAUACCACCCUCAUACAUGCAGGAGCGCAGAGCUUGAGGCGAUCGUUGAAAGUGCCGGCUCAUUGCCGCAUGGCUGCUACUGCUGCUAUUGCCUUUCUGCUCCUCGUCUGUGGUUCUUCCUCGCGCCUCUGGCCGAUAACACCUUGAUGAAUAGAGGACCGCAGAGCCUGGGGCAAUCGUGUGGCUGCUGCUGCUGCUGCUUCCUGCCCGCUCCUCGUCUGUGGUUCCUCGCAGCCAGGGAGAGGUGGGGACUCUCGUCUGGAUUUAGAGAUGGGAAUUCCGGACCCCGAGGGGAGCAGCAGAACAGAGGGAGCGACCUCCCACGGUCAGGCGGUUGGUGUUGUGCGUUUCGCGCCACGUGUAAACGAGCGCACAUCGUUCGACACACGUGCGAAAACGAUGUCACCGUGACGUGAACUCUGGGUGAGAUGUCGACAGGCCCACGUGACGUCAAGGAUGGUUUGUUAGAGUUAGCGUCGUUAGGAUUAGGGUUCUGGCUCUUAGGGUUAUAUCGUGUACGGGGUGAGGGUUAGGCCUGGCAAAGAGGCGUCGAGAAGCGAUGGUAACUCUCUCACACCCAGUGGGACACCUUAGCCGUCUGUGAUGCUGUUUUGAACAACAACAGCAACAACAGCAGAGAUCGCGACAGCGAAGUUCCGGUUGUGAUCUCUAAUCAUAAACCACCGUCACGCGAACGCCGCUCAUCCUCGCAGCAGCAGCAGCAGCAGCGAUGUUUGGCUAGCCAUCGAACAAAGACGGUGGUCAAUGCAUCGCGCGGCGCUUUCAGAAGCGCUUCCGCGGCCGUCUGGAACGCUCUUCUUCCCGAUAAUAGGAAUCCACUGGGAGCCAUGCACUGUUAAAUAAUCUAGGUCGAAAACUAAUUUCUUUAGAACUGCUUUUUGUGUUUGGUUUGUUGUCCUUCCCCCGCACGUCCGAUUAGCGCGGUUGGCUACGUACGGUGCGAAAGAAGUUCAACGUACGUACAAUAAAUACAACCGAACGCUCGCGUUGGCUCGCCGAUGUCAGCUUGCUGAAACUG